AUAAAUAACACAUAUCUCUCCCAUCUCUUCUUUGUGGAGGUUUCACAAACACCACCAAUCUUCUUCUUCUUCUCUCAUCAUCUUUUUGUUUCUUCUUGGUUUGAUUUGAUCAAAGCCCUUCUCUCGAUCAAGAUCAUGCUUAGCAAAAGAACCCAUCCCAUGAUAGGAAAAAUAUCUGAGCUCCUCGUUGGCGUGAACCGAUCUGCAGCAGCAGCGGCUCCUUUCUUGGACGUCUUGAUGACGAGUCCUAGAAGCCCACUAGAUUUCAAGAUUCUCCCUCAGAUAUCUCAAAGAAACAGCUCAAAGAGAUUCUACGAUGACAAUCUUGGUGGGUCCGUUGGUCUAGGGAUAGUGGCCGCACUCGAGAACUCAACCACUCGUCGGAUCACCAGCGUAUCUAGAACUGAAUCGAACCAAACCGGCCGGUCUGAUCCGGUUCAGUUCAUGAGCCAUGUAGGUAGCUCGGAUGAGGAAGAUGAGGAGAUGUUCAUAAUGGACGAGGAGGAUUAUACGUUGGUGACGUCUCACCAUGGUCCUAGUGGAACUUGUAGUACAAGGGUUUAUGACAAAGAUGGGCUUGAGUGUUUCGCAAGUAAGAUUAACGAAGAACGUCGUGAGAGACUUUUCGUGGUCGAUGUGGGUACGGAAUCUCCAAAGAAUACGCCGGAGUUUCAGGGUUUGGGUUUCCUCAAUUCGUGUUACUUAUGCAGGAAGAAACUUCACGGUCAGGACAUAUUUAUUUACAGGUAUAAAUAACUUGGAAGUAAAUAUAAGUAUUUUAAAGUGUUUAUGAGAGAGAGCUAGUUCUUGAUCGUCAAGAUGGCGAAAAAUGGAAUAAUGUACUUGUUUUCUUUUUAAUUCUUAUUGUGUUUUGUAUUUGGUGCUUAUUAACAUGUUAUAUAAUUUUAAUGUUCAAAUUGGGUUUCCAUUAUUCAUUCGUGUGUCCUUUCUUUUA